AUGAAGGCAUUAAGUUCAGAUGAAGUCGACAAAUCUAAUAAUGUAUGGUGUUUUAUUGACGAUGUAUUUUUCAUCAUCAAAAAAAGUCUUAUUCGAUCUCUUUCAUCUGGUAAUGUGGAUACUAUUUGUGAUAUGGUGAAUUAUAGUUGUUCAAUACUAAUUGAUCUUAUGGUAAAUGAUUUUCUGGGCAACAUUAUUCGUACAGGGUUUUCUUCAGGUUGGGUGCAAGAUGCAUACAGUUAUGUUCAGAAUAGUGUUGCUGUGGUAUCAUCAUUCAAUAUGAUUGGACCUAAUUCACUUGCAAGAUAUCAUUUUCUAGUUACUCUUAAUAGUGUUGAAGCAUCUCAAAAGAAUUUACUGUCUCUUGUUGAUCAUCUUGAAAGUGAAUUAAAUUUACUUUAUCAAAAUCAAGAAAUCAAUUCACAGAAACUUAAUAUGUGUAUCACGGAAUUAAAAGUUUCUAUCUCAGAUCAACUUCAAGCAUUACUUGAUUCUGCCUUCGAGCAUCUUUCAACUAGUGUUAUUCAAAGUCAAGUAAAAACAUUGUUAAAUGUUUUCAAGUCAUUGAAAUGUGACUUACUUGAGGAGGAUUUAGAUGUUUUCGCUGCUAAUGAUAGAUGGAUUGAAUCAUGUAUAGCUCAUACAGAGGAUUUUCUCAGACCAUUUAGGGUAUUAAAGUUUGAUACUUUAGUUAUUUUUUAUAAUCAUACUGUUUCUGUAACUGUAGCUAUAUAA